CUAUUUGUGCGCUGCGCGGCUGGUGACGUUGUCGGGUGGAAGUGUCAGGCCUGCCCUGUACAGCCCGGAACCGGAGCCGAGAGCGGAGCGGGCGGCGGCGGGGGAGCUGUGGUGGUAUCUAUGGGCAGUGAGGCUGCCGGCACCCUGCAGGGGAGCGUUCUAGGGGGGCGUCACCUCAUAGGACCAGUUUGUGUCGGGGUCACCCUAUAGGGGCAGUGUCUAUAGGGGCAGCCCCCAUUGCGGCCAUCCAAUAGGGGGAGAUUGUGUUUAAGCGUCUAUAGGGGAGGUUUCUAUAGGGGCAGGUGCGCAGUUUCUAUAGGUCUUGGUUCACACUGUCUAUAGGGGAAGGAGCGCAGUUUCUAUAGGUCUUGGUUCACACUGUCUAUAGGGGAAGGAGCGCAGUUUCUAUAGGUCUGGGUUCACACUGUCUAUAGGGGAAGGAGCGCAGUUUCUAUAGGUCUGGGUUCACACUGUCUAUAGGGGAAGGAGCGCAGUUUCUAUAGGUCUGGGUUCCCACUGUCUCUAUAGGGGAAGGAGCGCAGUUUCUAUAGGUCUUGGUUCCCACUCUCUAUAGGGGAAGGAGCGCAGUUUCUAUAGGUCUUGGUUCCCACUCUCUAUAGGGGAAGGAGCGCAGUUUCUAUAGGUCUGGGUUCACACUGUCUCUAUAGGGGCAGGAGCGCAGUUUCUAUAGGUCUUGGUUCACACGGUCUCUAUAGGGGAAGGAGCGCAGUUUCUAUAGGUCUGGGUUCCCACUCUCUAUAAGGGGCGCAGUGACAGAUCCAGUAGUCAUUUGGAGGAUUGGAGUUGUACUUCCUGUACCAGACUUGUCUUUAGGGGGUCUUCCUGUCUUUAGGCCCCUGACUUCUAUACAUAACAGGUAGACACUGGCGUAAAUCCAAGUUAUUGGGGUGUAGAGGUUCGGGGUGACCCUAUGACUGCCGCCAUGCUGCGCUCCAUCCCUGCCAACCGGCUGGUGUCUGCGCUGUCUGGGAGCAGCGUGCUGGUGAAGUGCCUGUGGGGGGUCGUAGUCCUCCUUUACCUUCUCUCCCUAUGGGUGGACACUGCUCAUGUUCUGGCCGUCACCCCUGGACUCUUGCUGCCCCCCAACCUCUGGCUGUGGACGCUGGUGACGCACGGACUGGUGGAGCUGCACCUAUGGGACGUCCUUGCUAAUCUGCUGCUGACCCUGGGUGCCGGGCGCCGGCUGGAGCCGCUGUGGGGGGCCCCGGAGCUGCUGCUCUUCUAUGGGGUGGUCAGUCUGUCUGUGGGCAUCCUGAGCUCCCUCUUCUUCCUGGUGGCCUACGCUGCGACCUCUGACCUGUACUUCCUGUUCUCCGCCCGGGUCCACGGGUUUCCAGCCUUUGCCGGCGCCGUCCUGGUGGCGCAUAAACAGACGAUCGGAGACGUCCUGGUGGAGCCUCAGCGCUGGGUGCGGAUUCUCCCUCAGCUGGCACUGCUGGGGGUCAUGGUGCUGACGGUGGCCGGGCUGAUCCCGGGUCAGGUGCUGGUGGGGUACAGUCUGGGGCUGUUGUCCGGCUGGGUGUACCUGCGCUUCUACCAGAGACACAGCCGCGGCCGAGGAGACAUGUCCGACCACUUCUCCUUCGGCAGCUUCUUCCCGGCGCCCCUGCAGCCCGCCGCUGCCCUCCUUGGGACCCUCGCACACGCCGGCCUGGUGAAACUGCGACUCUGCCCGCAAACUGUCAAGAGAUACGACGUGGGGGCGCCAUCCUCCAUCACCAUCAGCUUACCGGGCACUGACCCCCAAGACGCCGAACGGAGGAGGCAGCUGGCGCUGAAGGCUCUGAACGAGCGGUUGAAGCGAGUAGAAGACCAGACAUCAUGGCCGAGCAUGGAGGAGGAGGAGGGGGAGGAGGAGGAGGAGGAGGAAGACGAUGCGUCUCGUGAGAUGUCCUUCAGCAGCGGCGGCAGUAAAACGGAUCCUCAGUCCGCCCAGGAGCCGAGCACAGCGGGGCCCAUCGUAUAAGCCGCCUGCGGACACUCCCACUGUUCGGCGUCGUGGUGGAGCCGAGCACAGAGGCGCUGCACGUCUUCUCAGCAGGGUCCUUCACCCUCAAUGUUGGUAUUACGUCGUUUGCACGGUGGGCCCCUGAGACGCUCCAUGGGGCCCGUCCACCGUCUGCACUGCCCAAAGCCAAGCUUGUGUACCCCUCUAAUAACACUACUAGCAGGUAUUGGGGUAGCACCUUUACAUGGGAUGUGCCAUCACUACCGAGGACCCCCCACUUCUGUGUGCCAGGGGACACCAAACCCGAGAAGAGGCGGAGUCUCUGGUUUCCCUGCCGGAGGGGGCGGGGAUCGGCAGGACCCUGGGAAAGAACUUCUUUUUCUCUCUUCGAGGAUUUACAUUUACUGCUCCGGGGACGUAAAUGGCGAUAUUUUUCUGUCUGGAUUAAAGUUUUUUUGGAAAUUA